AUGCAACGUAUUACAAGAAGCAUUAUCAUCAAUCGACCUUUAUUCUCUAACUUGACGACUCGUCGCUUUUACUCGGAUGGUCCAUUUGGAGGUAGUAGUAAUGGUGGUGCGGGUGCCACUGCUAGUUCACGAGACUGGGGUGAAAAAGAAAGAGCUAUAGAAGGUCAAUGGGCUCGUAUCAAUGAUCAACAAAAACUCAACAUGCUUCGAGAAACAAUCGAGAAACAAAAGAUUGCUACAGGCGAAAUGAGAAAAGAUAUAGAAGACUUGAAAGAAAUCCUUGAUUUGAAAAAGAAGAACCAAUAA